AUGACGAAGUUACUGAAAGGACAACGUCUGAAGACUGACGAGGAAAUGAAGAUGAACACCAAUUCUGUAGUCAUUACGAAGACCAAAAGAACACGAAAAACAGUGCCUCGUGACUCACCUCCGCGAAGAAGCUCCAUUUAUCGUGGUGUUACAAGACAUCGAUGGACAGGGAGAUACGAAGCUCACUUAUGGGAUAAAAACUGUUGGAACGAGUCUCAGAACAAGAAAGGCCGGCAAGGUGCUUAUGAUGACGAAGAUGCAGCUGCUCAUGCUUAUGACUUGGCUGCGCUUAAGUAUUGGGGUCCGGACACCAUCUUAAACUUUCCGUUAAUGACAUAUCAUAAGGAACUGAAAGACAUGGAAGGUCAAUCAAGAGAGGAAUAUAUUGGAUCGCUAAGAAGAAAAAGCAGUGGAUUUUCUCGUGGAGUUUCAAAAUAUAGAGGAGUUGCAAGGCAUCAUCACAACGGGAGAUGGGAAGCUCGAAUCGGGAGAGUUUUUGGUAACAAAUAUCUUUACUUGGGAACAUAUGCUACACAAGAAGAAGCAGCGGUGGCAUAUGACAUGGCAGCAAUAGAGUAUCGUGGACUUAACGCCGUUACAAACUUCGAUCUCAGCCGUUACAUCAAAUGGCUAAGACCUGACAACAAUGGCACUGUUGUCACCCCACCAAACCCUAAUAUCAACAUAAUCGAUAUCGACACUAAUUUAGCAUCAACCACCGACAUUAAUGACGUCGUAGGAUUGAACUUUCACCACAACCACAACCACCAUGAAAACCAACCACCAGAACCCAUGGUGUCACCCACUAUGUCAUACUCUUCUCGGUCAACUACUGCCACGUCAGCCCUAGGACUCUUGCUACAGUCUUCCAAGUUCAAAGAAAUGAUGGAGAUGACAACUGCCGCAGAGUUCACCUCAACAACGUUAACAUGCGAUUCAAGUCCACCACCACCACCACCAUGUAACAAGUUCCCGGAGGAAAUUCAGGUGCAUUUCGAGAGCCAGGAUUUUGGUGGUUAUAAUAAUGGUGGUGAUGAUUUUAUAUUUGGCGACAUGAAUUUCAUGAAUAACAUGAUGCAUUCUAACUUCGACAAGUGA